UACAAGAAUAUAAAAGCGUUUGUUUGUGAGCGUGUGGCCAAAACAUUUUUUCUUUGUUGGAAAAUCGGAAAUUUGUUCCUUUUUCUACUCUUUCUUUCGAUAAACUGUUAAGCUCAAACGGGAUUCUUUCUGAAGCUUUUGAAGAGCGAAUAAAACGAAAUGAGUCCCGAGAGCUUUAAAUCAGUUUCAAAACAAGUGACAAAGUUAUCACUCACCUUCUUCAUUCAUUCCAUUCAACAUCAACAACAACAAAAAGAAAUUAUUUGAGCGUCAGCUUUUUUGGCUCCUUUGACAACUUCAAUUUUCACUUCUAUUUUUCUUUCGUUGCUUGUACUUUCACCUUACACUUGUUUGAAUUUCGUGAUGUAUUUGUGUGCGUGUGUUUGAAUGUGAGCUUUUGUGUCGUGUGUUUAUGAACAAAGUUGAUUGAGCUUAAUAUCAGCAAUGCGUCGCGUGCGUAAAAAAAUAUUUUAGGCACUUAUUCGCUUGUUUGAAAACAAACAAAAAUGAUAAUGAAUGUGUGUGCAUGUUUCUUAAAAUGGUUCUCUUCGGCAGCUUGUAGAAAACUGAGAUGUGUCUAGCGUUUGCCGACGGGUAUUGUUUCAAAACUACGGAAAAAAGCGGCAACGAUAAUCAAUAAAAAGAAUUGUUGGUGAGGAGUGAGCAUAAAGGAGAGAAAGAGAGGGUGGAAGAGAGAAUCUGUGUGAGUGAAGCACAAAAUCCAUCGAACGAGCAAUCGACCGACCGACCGAGAGAAAAAGGAAUAUUAACGGUGAACGUGUAACGUGUAACGUGUAACGUGAAGCAAAAUAAAAGGCAGCAGCCAUGGCAACGCCUCCUGAUAGUCCAAUUGAAGAGGAAGUCGUUCUGUUCGAACUAGAACCAUCAGCCCGAACACCCAAACCAAUCCCUGUUGCCUUAGAAGAUCUGUGUCGGCUUACCAAAUUCACACGUCAAGAAAUUCGAGUGAUGUACCGCGGAUUCAAAACGGAAUGUCCGGAAGGUAUUGUACACGAAGACUGUUUCAAAGAUAUUUAUGCGAAAUUCUUCCCACAUGGAAAUUCAAGUAUUUAUGCACAUUACGUGUUCAGAGCAUUCGAUGUGAACAGCAAUGGCGCCAUCAGCUUCCGAGAUUUGCUCGUGACAUUGUCAACACUAUUGCGUGGUUCAGUGUACGAACGGCUUCGUUGGACAUUUAAAUUGUAUGACAUCAACGGUGAUGGGUGCAUUGGACGCAACGAACUAGGCAAAUUGAUUUAUGCCGUUCAUGAAUUGAUGGGACGCCGACCGCAUCAGCCCGAUGACGAUCGAAAAGCCCGCGAACAGGUGGAUCGAAUCUUUCGUAAAUAUGAUUUAAAUCAGGACGGCGUCAUAACAUUGGAGGAAUUUUUAGAGGCAUGCUUAAAAGACAGUGUCAUCAUUGAUUCCAUUCAGAUGUUCGAUAAGGAUUUUUAGAUAAAACAAGAGAACAAAACCAAAAUUUUGUCCGUGUGUUCAAGUCAACGUCAGCGUGUAACGCCUUCAAAUAUCGCCGUUUGAAGUUUUAGUGGUUGCGUUGUCAAUAGCAACAACACCAACGAGUUGUAAGACUCUUAUGUUUUUCGAAGAGUUGAAACAUAACCAGGAAGCAAAAAGAGAGAACAAUUCAUAAAAUACCGAAAAAAAUACGCGCAGCGCAGAUAACAUCACAACACAACACAGUACUCAAAGUUGAAGUAUUUUUUAAACGGUUAAUUUUAAGUAAUAAGGAAGUCAUUUGAGCAAUAUAAUGAAAGAAAAAAAACAAGAAAGAAUGAAAAAGAGUGAAGGAAUAUAAAUAGCCGGAAUAAGAUGAAAAAAAAACAAAGCCGAUGUUGUUCACAUGACAAUGUGUUGUUUAGUAGAGCGAACGCGCGCGACUAUGAAUUCAUUAAAAGCUAAUUAAAUCGUUAAUGACUGCAAGUGACACGUAUUAGGCCUAAAUGAAGAUGCGCCUACCUUGUUAUAAUCAUAUAGUCUGUUGUUUUAUCAAAGAGGCAGAAAAAAAGCAGAGAAGCGAAUAACAAAGGGGAGCGAAUCAUUAAAAAAAAGAAAGAAAGAAACUGAAUAGUAGAGUAAAUAAUUGUGAGAGUUUAAGCAAUCUUCGUCAUAAAUUUAAACAACGUAUUAAUUAAAUGAAAUUGUAUCUAUCAAAACUAAAAUCGAUGUCAAAAUUGAUAAGAAGAAGAAGAACCAAAAGAGAAAAAACCUAACCAAAUUCGACGUGAAUAAAUGUUCAUUGUAGUUGUUAAGUGACGAUGUAGCAUAAGGAUAUACAAAAUUCAGGAAAAAUAAAUAGACAAUGUUUCGGAAAGAAGGACAAAACGAAAACUAAAUAAAAAGAAUUACAUUGGUAAUCCCGAACUUUUCCGUACCGUUGGCCUGCGUUGUCCGUAGGUACUUUUGGUUAUUUUUUCUGA